AACCAGGAAAUAAAAGUAAACAACGGAUAGGAGGACGAAAAUGUUAUGUAGCGUUAGUCAUCCAUUCUCAUUCCGAGUCUGUGAUUUUUGUGGUGAUUUAUUCAUAAUGCAUGAAGGAUUUAUAUCCCGAUAAGGACAGGGACCCAGUUAGAAACAGGCUGAAAACGGGUAAGACACCCGUAGAGUUGAGAAAGAGUCGGGUGCGGCAGCCGCUAAUGAUAGCUAGCUCGAUAUGGCAAUUUCCUGUAUUAUUUGAAUUUGUUUACAGGAUGAAAUGCCCUCACGACCAUGGCUUAAAAACAUCUCAUUGACGUUAGAUUUAGCUAUGUUAGCCAUCAGAUCGUCAGAGGAGGAGUCCACUGAGAUUGAGGAGAUGGACACCUCAGAGCCCAACUGGUGCUGGUUCUACUUGGCUGAGUGUGGAGUGUGGCAUAUGUUUGAGAUUGACCCCAGUGCAGCCUGUUCUGUGACUAGUGCUCAGAUUGAGCAGUGCUACAACAGAAACCAACGAGGUGUCAUGGAAUUCUACACAGCGAAGUACACCUACAGGCUGGACUUCUCAGUUAUGCGGCAGAUAAAUGUAACGACAGGGAAGCAGCGGCCAAUCAAACGCUCCCUCCACUCUGCAACUGGCUUCAGGUUUAUUUGCGAUAAUCUUGCCUUGCCUGUUCCGUGUCACUGGGAGAGAAUCAAUACAGAUGAGCCCUAUCAGCUCAUCCAGCUCGGAAGAGACACCUAUGAGUUUAAAGAAGUCGCCAGACUGUAUGAAAGGACUAUGGAUCAUCCCAUCAAAUCCAUCCAGAGGAUUCAGAACCUGGACUUAUGGGAAUUCUUCUGCAGGAAGAAAACACAGUUGCGAAAAGUCAAGCGCACAUUGGAUAUUGAGGAGCGAAUGCUGUUUCAUGGCACAGGACACAGCAACAUACAAGCUAUAUGUACUUUUAACUUUGACUGGCGGCUGACAGGAAGCCAUGGCGAUGUGUAUGGCAAAGGGAGCUACUUUGCCCGGGAUGCCAAAUACUCCAGUAAAUUCUGUCACACCACAGGGAAGCACAACACCACACUGCAGAGACACGGACUCACCCCACCAAUAUUUGCUAGUGAGCCGCCCUACAAGACCAUGUUUCUGGCCAGAGUGCUUGUUGGAGAAUACACAGUCGGUCAUCCUAUGUACUGCAGACCGCCCUCCAAGGAUGCCAGCUUCACCAACUUUUAUGACAGUUGUGUGGACGAUAUGGCCAAUCCAAAGAUUUAUGUAAUUUUUGACAGCAAUCAGAUUUACCCAGAGUAUCUGAUUGAGUUCUACUGAAGCCUAACAAGAGGAUAUGUACUGUUUUUUAAAUAGAGGCUGGAUCUCAAACAUGGAAAUAUUUUGGAUACAGAAUCAAACGACGGGAUGAAAUGGAAAAAGAAGCAGCUUAAGGGACAUUUGCUUUUUUCUUUCAGUCAGAUCCAGCACCUAACUGGAGCAUGCGUCAUCUAAAGUGCCUUUGGGGAAACUGGAAAACCAAGAAGACAGUAAAGACCUUGUACCAGUUUGUAUACUGUACAAUAUAUUCUAAGACGGGCCCUUGUGGUGGGAAUGUUUCUGUGACGUAAAAAGAAUGAAAAUACUGACUAAAGAUCAGUCUUUGUGGCAAUUUUGUAUUAAAUGCAGAAUCUGUGCUUGCUUGUUCGAUAUCUGUGCACAGUUGUUUAAAAUAAGAGUGGCACUUGCAGCCUUUAGGUUAUAGGUGAUGUCCUGCCAUCGGCCACAGCCCCUCCUUCACAUCCACAGUGCCACGCAUGAGCUUAUUUACAAGUCAUGUCGACAUAAUUCCAAAUGACGAAACCAAAAAUCAUAACACGUUCCAGCUCACUCAUUUAGCACCAUGAUCUGUUCUUGACACCAACAUCUGUGUGUUAUGUAGGCAUUUAUUUUUUGUUUUUAUUAAAAAAAAACGCUUCUACCUCUACAUUUUUUUUACCAUGCAUCAGUGCACUUUUUCCCCCCUUUCCAUGAAAGGUUUUGUAAUUGUGUCACAAUGACAUAAAGUUGUGAUGUCGUGUUCACUUGUGGUCCUCGAGCAAUAUGUUACUGUGUAUCUUUUCUGAGCGUUGACUUCAGUCUUUAAAAGACUUGACAAUGACUGGGGUUGAAUUUAGUAUGCGUUUGCAACAAAGUUCAUACCAAACCAGAACAAGAUCAGUUUUAGCAUCACAUUUGACUUAAAACCAUCCGAGUGUGAUGUCACCAACUGCUAACAUUUUUCUUUAAAGGAAUAAGCAGGUUAUCUUUGCACCUGGUGUAAAUUUAUCACAAAAAAAUGAAUGUAGCCAGCACAUGUAUAGUACUGUAAUGAAAAUUAACCACACGAUGUAAUAUUGCUUUGCUGUGUGCGUUCGUUGAAUUCUUUGUAUGACUGUGUGUGUGUUUGAGCAAGGAGAAUAACAAAAGCAUUCAGAGUACUAAGUUUGCCACAAGGUGGUGUAACAGUACAAGAAUGGAUCUUAAGCAACUCAUGCAUUUCCUCCUCGUGUGUGAGACACUACAGCUGUGUGUGAGUGUAGGGGUGUAUGAAGCUAAAUGUGCGUGUCUGUAAUUUGCACAUGUUACAACUAAUAAACUUUUCAACGUAA